UUUUCCGCAUACGGUGUGCUGCACGUGCACUUUCGGUCGACCAACUGCCUAAAGUAUAGGCGCGAACCGUUCGUCACCUGGCAGACGCUCGUCGCUACCUUUGGCGGCAUCCUGGGGCUCUGCUUUGGAGGAUCCAUACUAAGCCUGAUCGAGGGUUUGUUCCUUUUCGGCGUUAUUCCCUUCACGGUGUACAGCGCACUGAGAAACCGGAAUGGUAAAGCAGUUGGGCCUAAAGUUAGUACCAUUUCCUACGUGGACUACCCGGGCCAUCAGCCGAUGGGAUAUUUUAGGCGCAGGGAAGUUAUGGCCCGUGCUUUGAAUAGCAAUAGUGACCCGAUGUGGACGAUAGGGAACAGGAUCCAUCCGGACGCAAGGCGCUGGAAGCAGCACCAAAUUGAUGAGCUGAAAAUUAUACCAUAACGCAGCAAAGCAAAGGGUGGACUAACUAAGAAUAUUGGAAACGAAAGGACAGAUUUUUGAUGUUUGGAUUAGAUGUAAAGACGAUUGGAAUCAAUAUUUCAACUCAAACUGCCCAGAACACCCAUAUACGGUUUAAAACUAAUAGUACAAACUGUUAAAGAAGCUCGUUAAUAAUAAUUUAAAAUAAAAGGUUUGGUGUUUAAGAAAACACUACAUCCAUUCUGAAUGAAGAAGUAUAUCCUGCCUUUUUAAAUCAGACAUU